AUGGACCGCCCAGCGACAUCCAAGGCGAGAGGAGUGUGCAAAUAUUACGACACACGGCGGGGGUGCUAUGCCGGCGAUACGUGCAAGUUCCUCCACGGCGCCGACGAACGGCUGACCCCUUAUGACAAAUCCAAACCCUGCAAGUUCUAUGCAAAGGGACAUUGUUCGAAGGGCGACAAGUGUUGGUUCCAGCAUGACUUGGCGCUUCGUUCCGCGGGCAACGGGGAGCCCGCCGACAGUGCCGCCGACGAUUCGUGCAAUAUCUGCCUUGAAGUACCCACUACAUAUGGUCUCCUCACCGAUUGUGGUCAUGUCUUCUGCUUCCAGUGCAUCAAGCAGUGGCGUGACCCAGAAUCAAAAUCCAUCGACAUGAUCUCUUCAGGCGUCAUCAAGAAAUGCCCCCUAUGUCGAAGUCCCUCCAGGUUCAUAACGCCUUCCACGUACUUCUUUCCCCAGGGCCAUGAGAACAAACAGCUGGCGAUCGAUGCUUACAAGGCUAGCAUGGCUCGUGUACCUUGCAAAUAUUUUGUGGAAACGAGUGCGCAAGGUAAACCCUGCUGCCCUUUCGGGAGAGACUGUUUCUAUCAACAUCUCAAGCCCGAUGGCACGCCCCAUGUCUUCCCGCACGGUGUGGCUCAAUCCAUGCAUAUCUACCGCAACCAGCGGCGGAACAGGAGGCAGCAACACAUUCCCUUUGGGGCUGGGGGAUCAGGAUUUACUGACCCGGUUUCGUUUCUUCGCCACGUUUUUGAGAACCCUAUCAACAACCUGAACACAACCCUUGAUGUCAUUCGCGCCAGCCUCCCCGCCAUCCUGGACCGGCGGGAGGACUUGGCGGCUUUUGAGCUGGGAGCAGCUGCUUGGGCAGCAGAUACAGACUGGGAUGAUGCCACAGCGUGGGCUGACGAUGGCUCGGGUUCAGGCUGGGAAGCGACCAGCGGGUGGGGGGCCGAGGCUCCUGGAGAAGGUUUGGAUUGGGCCGCUGAUUCUUCGGAGAGGGACAACGAUGCCUUGGGUGAAUGGGGGUUCGGAGGAGCGACCGCGGGCUCGCGCUCACACUCACCAACAGGCCCUACCGAGACGAUCAUCGUCCCAGGUAGGGUAGGUGGUCAUGAGUCCAUACCAGUUGAUGAGACCGAGGCCACACGGCCUAUGACAUGGAGACUUGGCGAAUUCCCUGUUGUAGACUGGAACGACCCUUGGGCUGCCCAGUCCUGGGGUCGGUCCACUGGCGGACCGGGGCCGACACCGGCAGACCAUCAGGAUGAUAGCCUUUCGCACGAUGAGACCAUACGGGCAGGUCUCGCACAGGUCGACGAAGAGGAUCUUCCCCGUCUGGAGCCCACUUCUGACACACCAACAUCCCAACGUCCCACUGGUUCGGCGAACGAAGCGACGCUUCAGUUCAAUGUCCCUCUGUUGCUCGCUGGGCUUGACGAAGAUGAGCUCCCUCCUCUCGUGCCUUUAGCUCCCACGUCUGGCUCGUCGUCCUCUCGGCGCCGAGCUCCUUCUCUUUCUUUGACUUCUGGAUUAUCUGGUUCGAGCCCACAGCCUGCAGCAUCGCCGGCCGCGAACGUGUCGUCUGGAUCGAUAUCGCGGUUCAGCACGGUCGUUGCCUCGCGGAACAGGGAGGUUGAGCGCGUUGUCAUUAACCUAGACGAGGAUGAGGAGGAUGAAGCAGAGUCUGAAGGCGAAGCUCUCAUCCUUCAUCCGUCCAACAUCAGACCAGCCUCUCCUGCGCCAAGUCGACCUUCAUCGACCUCGUUACCUGCCAAUCCUUUUGCACCUCAGACACCUUCCACUCCCCCCAUCCCGCCAUCGCCGUCAGUACCCGCUACCGCGCAGUCUCCUUCCGCAUCGUCGAAGACUUCGCCGACCCCACCCUCCUUGCCUGCCUCUGCGUCUGCUCCGAACCAGGGCUCGGUAGAGCAUAACGCCGAUCCGCCGUUCAUGACCGAUGGCAGAGGGCGCGUGGUAUGGAGCAGCACGCGUGGUGGACGAGCUGACCGACAGGCGUCCCGCUCGCGAAAGACACGCCGUGCUACUGCGACGGCCACCGCAACCGCCACAGGUGGCGACGCGGGAACUGCUGCUGAUGCAAGGGGUAGGAUGGUGGAUACGCAAGAGAAGAGCGGCGCAGAGGUAGAAGAGUCAGCGGCAGCGCCAUCGCAGCCCUGAUCACAGCCUACGAUGAACGGGGAGCAGCAAAGAUAGCAGAUCGAACCAAGCAUUUACACAGUGUAUCACUCUCAUUUUUUCCACACAGCAUACUACGUAACACCAUACCGCC